AUGCUUGAUCAGCUAUGGCAUGAUAUGAAAGUGGCCGCGUGCUCCGUUUCAGUGCUUCGAAGCUUAUUCAACCUUUGGCACUACAUCCCUGCAAACUUUGCAAUUACUGCCUAUCACAAGGUUCAAAGGCGAUAUGGGUGGGCCAUGCCCAUCGCGGAAACUGUCGGUAUUCUCGAGGGCAAGUGCCGCGCGCAGUUACAGAUCUGGCACCAUCGACUUGCAGAACAGCACCUGAGGGCUCACGUACAGCGCGGGUGCAUCUCUGCCAUCGAAGGUGAACGCUUCAUGCAGGCACU